CCCGUCUGACCGUUUCAUCUUUACAUAUAUAUUAUUAUUAUUAAUAUUGUAAUUAUUAUUUAUUUUAAUAGCGAUAGUGUUUUCAAUGUUUUCACCAGAGGGGGUAGUGAAAUGAUGUUUAAAAGAAAAACUCUAAUCCCAUGAUGCAUUGCGGCCGUUCGUUUCUAGCUUCCGGUCCUCAGAAGCUACACGUUGCUAACAGACGUUGAUGCAGAUGUUAUACCGAAUGUAAUGUGUUUAAGAGACUUUUAAAACACAUACAAUGAGCUAGUUUAUCCUUGGAGGGUGAUUUAUCCGUUAAACCGUGUUUUUGUUGCCUCCCGUUCUUUGUUCGUAGCUUUGUAUACCACGUGGCUGAUCGGUAAACACAAGUAAAGGCAUUAAAGGGAGAUUAGUGUGUUUUAACGGCAGUGUUUUAUCAAGGAGAAGAAAGACUGAGGAACCAGGACGAAGAGGAGAGAGAGAGACCCAGCCGGAGAAGGAGCACUGAGAGCAGCAUGGAGGAGAAUAAAAAGACCCCUGGAGCUCAGAAACUGAAAGGAAGAGAGAGACGUCACAGCUGUCAGCAAUGUGAAAAAUCCUUUACAACAGCUGCACAUUUAAAGUGCCACCUGCAUAUUCAUACAGGAGAAAAACCGUACAGCUGUGAAGAGUGUGGAAAAACAUUCAGGGAAUCAGGUAAUCUAAAAAAACAUCAACGUAUUCACACUGGAGAAAAACCGUACAGCUGUGAAGAGUGUGGGAAAACAUUCAGCGAAUCAGGUAAUCUAAAAAUACAUCAAUUUAUUCACACUAGACAGAAACCGUACAGCUGUGAAGAAUGUGGGACAAUGUUCAAGACAUCAAAUGAACUCAAAUCACAUCAACGUAUUCACACUGGAGAAAACCCAUACUGGUGUGAAGUGUGUGGGAAAACGUUCACUCAAUCAGGUGAUCUCCAAAAACAUCAACGUAUUCACACAGGAGAAAAACCGUACUGGUGUGAAGAGUGUGGGAAAACGUUCACUCAAUCAGGUGUUCUCCAAAAACAUAAACUUAUUCAUACUGGAGAAAAACCGUACAGCUGUGAGUUGUGUGGGACAUUCAGGGAAUCGGGUAAUCUAAAAAAACAUCAACGUAUUCACACUGGAGAAAAACCGUACAGUUGUGAAGAGUGUGGGAAAACGUUCAAUACAUCAAGUGAUCUAAAAAAACAUCAACGUAUUCAUACUGGAGAAAAACCGUACUGCUGUGAAGAGUGUGGGAAAACGUUCACUACAUCAGGUGAUCUCAAAACACAUCAACGUAUUCACACUGGAGAAAAACCGUACUGGUGUGAAAAGUGUGGGAAAACGUUCACUACAUCAAGUGAUCUCCAAAAACAUCAACGUAUUCACACUGGAGAAAAACCGUACUGGUGUGAAGAGUGUGGGAAAACGUUCACUACACCAAGUGAUCUAAAAAAACAUCAACGUAUUCAUACUGGAGAAAAACCGUACUGCUGUGAAGAGUGUGGGAAAACGUACACUACAUCAAGUAGUCUCCAAAGACAUCAACGUAUUCAUACUGGAGAAAAACAGAGACAUCACAGCUGUCAGCAAUGUGAAAAAUCCUUUACAACAUCUGCACAUUUAAAGUGCCACCUGCGUAUUCAUACAGGAGAAAAACCGUACAGCUGUGAAGAGUGUGGGACAACUUUCAGGGAAUCAGGUAAUCUAAAAAAACAUCAACGUAUUCACACUGGAGAAAAACCGUACAGCUGUGAAGAGUGUGGGACAACAUUCACUAGAUCUAGUCAUCUCAAAGCACAUCAACGUAUUCACACUGGAGAAAGACCGUACAGCUGUGAAGACUGUGGGACAUUGUUUAAGACAUCAAAUGAACUCAAAUUACAUCAACGUAUUCACACUGGAGAAAAACCGUACAGUUGUGAAGAGUGUGGGAAAACCUUCACUACAUCAAGUGAUCUCCAAAAACAUCAACGUAUUCAUACUGGAGAAAAACCGUACUGCUGUAAAGAGUGUGGGAAAACGUUUACUACAUCAGGUUCUCUCGAAUCACAUCGACGUAUUCACACAGGAGUAAAACCGUACUGGUGUGAAGAGUGUGUGAAAACAUUCACUACAUCAAGUGAUCUCCAAAAACAUCAACGUAUUCACACUGGAGAAAAACCCUACUGGUGUGAAGAGUGUGGGAAAAUGUUCACUACAUCAAGUGAUCUCCAAAAACAUCAACGUAUUCAUACUGGAGAAAAACCGUACUGCUGUGAAGAGUGUGGGAAAACGUUCACUACAUCAAGUAAUCUCCAAAGACAUCAACGUAUUCACACUGGAGAAAAACCUUACAGUUGUGAAGAGUGUGGGAAAACAUUCAGGGAAUCAGGUAAUCUAAAAAAACAUCAACGUAUUCACACUGGACAGAAACCGUACAGCUGCGAAGAGUGUGGGACAACGUACAAGACAUCAAAUGAACUCAAAUCACAUCAACGUAUUCACACAGGAGAAAAACUGUACUGGUGUGUAGAGUGUGGGAAAACAUUCAGGGAAUCAGGUAAUCUAAAAAAACAUCAACGUAUUCACACUGGAGAUAAACCGUACAGUUGUGAAGAGUGUGGGAAAACAUUCAGGGAAUCAGGUGAUCUCCGAAAACAUCAACGUAUUCAUACAGGAGAAAAACCGUACAGCUGUGAAGAGUGUGGGAAAACAUUCAGGGAAUCAGGUAAUCUAAAAAAACAUCAUCGUAUUCACACUCGAGAAAAACCGUAUUGGUGUGAAGAGUGUGGGAAAACGUUCACUUCAUCAGGUGCUCUCCAAAAACAUCAACGUAUUCACACUCGAGAAAAACCGUAUUGGUGUGAAGAUUGUGGGAAAACGUUCACUUCAUCAGGUGCUCUCCAAAAACAUCAACGUAUUCACUCUGGAGAAAAACCGGUACUUUACUGGUGUGAAGAGUGUGGGAAAACGUAUUCUCAAAUUUCUCACCUUAAAGUCCAUGAGCGAAUCCACACCGCAUAGUUUUGAACAACUAUGAGAGCCAAGCUAGCUGUUUCCUCCUCCUGAUGUCCUGAGAGCUGUAUUGUUAUAUUUGAAGAGUCUUUCUGAAUUGAAGUCUGACUAACAGACUUAAAUUCACAGAGUCAGUUUCGUUUGAUGUCCCUGGACAAGCCCUGAGGUCCUCUUCAGCUUUGUAAAUAUUCCUAAAGUCCUCCAUAAUAAAAUGGGUGAGGCUUUUAUCCACUAUGCUCCCAAACUGUGGAACAUCAGGAAAUAUCAGAGAGGCUCAGUGGACAUUUUUAAACGCCUUCUAAAGACACAUCUCUUUAGAUUAGCUUUUUAUUAGCAACCCCACUUUAAAUGGUCUUUUAGUCUUUAUUAUUUACCUACUUUUAUAUUGUUUCAUUUAUGAUAUAGGAAGGGUUUUAUCUUAUAUUCGUUAUUUAACAGUUUCAGUAGCAACAUUCAUUUUUACGUUGGUUUCUUUAUAUUUUAAUCGUUUAACCUUUAUUAGAAUUAUGUCGUUUUUAUUACUAUUCAUUUGUAUUUCUGUUGUACCUAUAUGUUCACUUUAUUUUAUAGGGUUUUAUAUUGUUGCAUCUAUUCACUUCUCUUGUGUCUUAUCUUUCCGAGAGAAAUCAUAAUUUAGUUUUCAUAAUCCUUCUCCUCUGGGCUGCUUGUGUGACGUGUGCAGCAUGUGUAGUGUGGUGUCUCUGUGUGAGACCUGUUAGUUUCACUUGUUCAUUGUUAGAUGUGCUUCAGUUUCUUUGUGCAUUGAGUACUUCAGUCACUUUCUUUUAGUAGAAAGUUGUUCUCAGUUCAUCUUAAGUUUGUUUUGUAAAUUUGCUGUUGAGCCUUCUUCCUUUUCAAAAAAAUAAACUAUCUACUAAUUUUGCCAAA